UCGGUAAAUAGUCGGUGUAUGUGAGUGGAGGCGCUCGGAGUGUCCAUUUUUCGACCAUUGUUUGUCGACGGACUCCAAUGGAAACUUUUUGUGUGUUCGGUGAUAAUUCACAAUAGAUUCUCGCUCGAAAAGAGAUCGAAUGACGAUAAUUCCCGAUGAAAAUCAUUGCCGAACCCAUGACCAUGAACGGACCUCUGGUAGCCCUUCACAAGGCUCCAUCCUUCAAAGUGGUCCACCGAACCAAUCACCCUCUUUACAACACCUCAGCAUUCACCCACGAGACCAGAGAUAGGGAGUAUCUCAACUAUCAGGGUCGACCAUUCCGUGAGUCUAGCCGGAGUGCGGACCACCUUGACGGCCAAUGGCAUCCAGUAAUGGGGCGGAGUCAUUCCGAAUACGGUCUUAACAAUAGGUCGCAUAGAGUGACUGAUUACCCUAUCCAUUCAAAGGCGGGUUUGCCAACAGAGAUUGGCAUGGUAUAUCCCCGAUACGAGGAUCAUUUAGGCACCUUGCCAAUGUCGGCAGAAAUUCGGGCUCUCCGGAGAAUUCAGAGCCAUGAGCAAGUCAGCCAACCCCUUCCGUGGACUGGAACCGGUCGACCAGUUCAACGACACCAGAGUGUGAGGGAGCCAAUGAUGUCCAUGGUUCCGGAAGAAAGUUCCCUGCUUUCACAUCUCUCUCAAAUGGUGGGACAAGGAGUUCAAGGAGGCCACGUAUCCAAGGAUAGGGUUUCUACCACUCUAGCACAAAUCCGGACGGUGGGAGCCAUUGGCGCCAGUGCUGAAUAUUUGAAUGACGACGCCCCUCCAGCCCCGCGUCAGGUCCCUCCCAAUUAUAAUACUAAUAAUAUUAACAAUUCGGACCCUCAGCACAUGUAUAGUACCCUACCACGUACGUCAAAGGGCCAAUACACAAGCGAUAAUGGGAAUCCCAGGCAUGGACAUGAUCCACCCCGCGUCUACACAAAUGGCACCCUAAAGCGGAAGAUUAGUCCGGGCAACAAGAGUUUGGGCGCCAAGUCGGCAGAUGGGAUUUUCUCACGGGGCAACUCGUUGAAGCAAGGGAAAAUGGUCAACAAAAGUACCUCCAUGACAGGAGACUAGUCUCCAUUGAGUACCUUGACCAGGAUGCCUGGAGACGGAGCCGUUGUCUCAAAUGAGUUCCUGGCCACGCCGGAAGAGGAGAGCCAACAAAUGGUGGAGUUCCUACCUGACUACUCCGACUCAGAGGAUGAGGCCUUUGGACCCCCGGGCGUUGGAUACGGUCUUGGCCAGAAGAAACCCAACGGCAUGGCCACCAUGUACCGGAUAGGCUCUUUGCGGCAGAUCAAUCUAAAGAACGGAAAACUCACUGAAGAGCUGCAUAGGGCCAAGUCCGACGGACUCCUCUUCGACCAAUCCGAUUCCGUCACUUUUGAAGAUUUUAACGCUCCCCCGGGAAACGCUCAAAGUGGGCCGAACAUGAAGCAGUGGCUCCAGGGGGGCGUGUGGCCUCAUUCCCAAUCGAAAGGGGGCGGAUCAGGGGGUCAGGAUGACAAACAGUCCACUUUGUCGCGGUAUUGGACAAUGGAUCGGAGUCUCCAGCGUCGACUCCAAAAGACCAACUAUCAACACAUCAAGCGCAUUUGCCGAGACCGCGGUCAGCUGUUCGAGGACACGGAUUUUCAGCCCAAUAACCGGUCCAUUUAUAAGCACAAAAAGCCGCCACUCCACCCAAUCACUUGGCUCAGACCUCAUGAGAUUUGUCAAAGACCCCGAUUCAUUGCCGAAGGAGCCACCAGAUUCGACGUGGAACAAGGGGAACAAGGUGAUCCCUGGCUUUUGGCAGCAGUGUCUUCACUCACUCUCACACCAAGAUUCCUUGAUCGGGUAGUACCACCAGAUCAGAAUUUUGAACAUGGCUAUUGCGGAGUUUUCAGAUUUCGGUUCUGGCAUUUUGGCGACUGGGUAGAGGUCUUGGUGGAUGAUAGAUUACCAACCUACAAGGGUCGCCUUGUUUACAUGCAUUCAACAGAUCCAUCCGAGUUCUGGGCAGCUCUUCUUGAAAAAGCAUAUGCUAAGUUGUAUGGUAGCUACGAGGCCUUACAUCAAGGCUUCACGACCAAAGCACUUCAAGACCUCACGGGUGGAAUUGUGCAGAGCUUUUCUCUCAAUAGUCAAGAUAAGUUGCUCACUUACCAGGUCCUGAACUCGGCUGUACCACGAUCCACACUACUUAUUGCAUCAAUCAAUAUUGACACCAGAAAUGACAGUAAGCGGACGCUCAGGCUUCGCAAUGGUCUCAUCACAAGACAUGCUUAUUCAGUCACUGGCUUGGCAAGGGUCAGAGGGCAUUUAGGCGACACACAUUUAGUCAGAUUGAGAAACCCUUGGGGCAAGGGGGAGUGGAAUGGCCCAUGGAGUGAACGGAGUUGGGAGUGGGACUCGUUGUCAGAUCGGGACAAGGAAUUGCUCUCGGCGAGGGUGAGAAACGAAGGCGAAUUCUGGAUGGCCUUUGAUGAUUUCGCCGCGCAAUUUUCCCACCUUGACUUGGUUCAUAUCGGGCCAGACGAUUGGAUGAGUGAGUCAGCUCUUCAUAGUAAAAAGCCUUGGCGAGCGGUUUUGGCACGAAGGCGUUGGCGAUCGGGCUAUAAUGCGGGGGGAGCACCCGAGCACGUUGCUACAACUGCCAUGAACCCGCAGUUUCACAUUCAAAUUCCGCGGAGUAAUAGCAUCAAGUGCCACGUGGUGGUAAGCGUUACCCAGCAGUACGAGACGAACCCUUUAGACACCAACGGGAAUCGGAAACGGAAGAAGAAGCGAAAGCUUCAUCACAUCGGAUUUGCAGUCUACGAAGUUCCUCCUCAUAUGACGCGAUUGACACCAGUUUACGUCUCCGAGCACGAACCGUUGGAUGUGACCAAUCACUCUGUGGCUCGGGAAGUGGUCACCUUCUUCACCUUACCUCCAGGGGAUUACAUCGUAGUUCCGCAAACUAAUAUCCCCAACUGUGAUGGCAAGUUCCUUCUCCGUAUCCUCACAGAUGAGCAGAGCAACAUUUGGGAGGUGAACGAGGACAAUAUGCUCUUCCGAAAUGUCCUGGCUGAGUUCGAAGAGAGCUUUAAAUACACGGAGAGUCGACAUUUGUUGGGCAAGUUAGUGAGCAAAUAUCCCCCGGAAAUCGACGCGUCCAUCUUGCAAAAGAUUCUGAGAAGUCAUUGGAAGUCAUAUCUGUUAGAGAAACCCACGCUGGAGCUCUGCAAGAGCUUGGUCAUGCUCCGGGAUUACAACAUCAGUGGUCGGGUCAACUUGAUGGAAAUCCCCCUGCUCUUCCACAUGCUUCACUUUUGGCGGAACGCCUUCACAAAGUACAUUACUGGUGGUCACAGCUCCAAGACCUCAAGUUUCAACUUGAGGCUGAUUCUAUGGGAAGCUGGGAUCACCGUAUCCAAUAAGGUUCUGGAAUGUCUCAUCUUGAGAUUUGCCAAGAACCGAUUGCUCACAUCCGAAUCCUAUAUGACUGUCAUGGUCCGGCUUCAUCUGGCGCAUGAGCGCUUCCAUAGUAUCGACACCAAGAUGAAAGGCAACCCGUUGUCUUUGGAGGAGAUGAUUCUCAUGACAAUCUAUUCGUGACCCGAUUGUUCCCUGAUCUCACGUGUCAUUGUUAUAACUAAAUUGUUAUGUUUUGUUUAUUGAUGAAUACACUUUAUUGUUUUGGUU